AUGUCGGCUCCUGUCUCGCAUAGUAUACCCCCAACAACCACUGCCUACGUGAUCGCGACUGCAAUUCUUGCCGGCGUGACAGGGUAUUUCAUCGGCCAAGGUGCUUCACUGAACUUAUUCAAAGAAAAACCCGAAGAUGGCUACGAUGUGAAGGUCCACAAGGACACAUCGGAGGACGAAGAGGACUCAGACGAGUACGACAGCGAUGAAUAUGAGGGUAAUGGCGAGGAGCUGGCCAGCCUCAAGGACAGCGGCGAAGAAGUGAAAUUGGUUCUGGUCGUCCGAACAGAUCUAGGCAUGACCAAAGGCAAAAUCGCUGCCCAAGCUUCCCAUGCUACACUCGCCUGCUACAAAUACUUCCUUGCGCACUCGCCCGACUCCCCCAUUCUUCAGCGCUGGGAGCGGAACGGCCAGGCAAAGAUCGCGCUACAAACUAAGUCGGAGGAUGACUUGCUCACAAUGCAAGCUAUGGCUAUGAGCUUGGGACUAUGUGCGCGCGUUAUUCAGGACGCGGGACGGACGCAAAUUGCUAGCGGGAGCCGAACAGUACUUGGAAUUUUGGGACCGAAGAGUGUUGUUGAUGGGGUGACUGGACAUUUGAAGUUACUGUAG